UUUGCCCACCCAUCUCACCUUCUCCCCGGUUGCUCAAAAAAAAAUCCCCUUUCCCCACACGCCGCCGCGGCUUGCUCUGCCCGCCCUCUCCGCCGCCGUCUCUCUGCCAGCCCCAGCCCCAGCCCCCGCCUUGCUCCCUCUCCGCGCUCUCCACCCCUGACGACCAGCGCGGCCGCUCGUGUCGACCGCGUUGUCGCUCCCCCCUCACCUAGCACUGCCGCCGCUCCGGUGGGGGAAGGUCCAGGCCGGCGUGGCGGCGCGUCACGGAGCCACCCCCAAACGCCCUGCAGCUUGCAGCUAGCCACCACCUGUGUCGGAGCGUUGGAUGCCUGAAAGAACAGGACAUGGCUGAUUUUACGGAGCGGCAUUGUUCCACUGAAUGUGUUAAGAUUUGCGAGGCACUGAACUGAAAGGCCUAGUCGGUCGUGGACCAGAACCUGUUCCUGCCGUGAUUGUCGAUCUCAUAGAGAAGAAGUGUGCGGAGAAAUGCUCCGUAAUUUUGGGAAAAAUAAAUUUAGUGACCCAAGUGUGCUGCUUUCUAUUCUGACCAAUUUGGGAGGGGAAUGUCACAUUGGAUGCCUGAAGGAACAGGGAUGUACAUGUACUGCUACUGCGCCGUGUUGACUGUGGGGUAAGCUUUUUUUCUUCCUCAUUCCGCCUGGCUUGAGAUCGACCAUGUAUGUAGGUACCAUCAUAUGUUCUAGCAUAAAUGAUCUGGGGUGGCCUCGGCGAGAGACGCCAAUAAUCUCAUCGCUAGGUGCUGGGAUCCAGGGGGCACCGUCAAGGAGCAAAGUCCUAAGAUCGACCACUCUGAGUUUUGCGCACCCCAUGGCCCCCUCCGGCCCAGUCUCCAUUGACCAUAGGGUUAGAUCGGCUGUCUUGCGCCGCCAUGAGACACCCCUUGCCCGCGACCGGCUUCUUCAACACUGACAAGCGGAGCGCGCCAAGUUGGCACUCCACGAUCCCACCAACGUCGAAGUAGAGUGCAUCGCCCACAAGGACGCUAAGGCGCGGCCAAGCUAAAAGGGCACUUGUCAUCGUGGUGAUGAAGAGAGGCGAGCUCGGUCCACGCGCGAGUCUCCGACAAUUACAUCCAUACGGAAGUCACUGUUCCCGGCAGAAUGGUGGACACGGCGACCAGAUGGAAAUGGCCCUCCUUGGCAACCGUGGUGGUCACAGCCUGGCGCGGCACAGAGCACCGCCGCGUUGAAGCUGACCUGCAUGUUGGACAAGUGGUGGAGUCUGAAGGAAAUAGAGUUGAGUCUUCAGUUAUUCCCCCUGUUCCCCAAUUCUCCCUCCGCCUCCAAAUUCCCGGCCUGAAGGAAACAGGGGCAACGGCAACGGCAACCAACCACAGUAAGAGCAGCACCGCCUCCAAAUUCCGGGCCUUCAAAUACCCCUCUCCCUCCCUCUCCGCCGCCCAAACCCAACUCCAAAAAUCUCCCAACAUCACAUCAGAGGGAUCGAUCAAAAAAGAAAGAUCGAUCAAGAAGGGAAGAAGAUGGCCUCAAUCGGCAACGGCAAGCCCGAUGCCCAGGGCCAGGAGCGCCAGGCGGCGAGGCUCCUGCCGCCGGCCGAGGUGCCGCCUCCGCACACGGACGCGGGCCUCGUGGUGCUGUUCGACCUCCUACGAUGACGGGUCGACGGAUUCCCCACCUGAAUGCUCCCCGCCUACCUCGUCCACGGAGUCGACGUCUACGGCCACCACCCGCAGGAUCUGCUGCGGCGCCAUCCGCCGGCGACAUCGCCCGACGGCAAGCGUGCCUCCUACUUCGUGAACCUGGUACGCCCCCUCACCGCGACGGAUGCAAGAAGAAGCAGGGUCGUGCCGGGGGGGUUCUGGAAGUCGGAGCGCGCCCCCGUCCCCGUCGAAGCCGCCCCCGACAAGAUGAUCGGAACCAAGCAGGCCUUCUCUUUCAUCUCCAAGGAGGCGGAGCACAAGGGUGGACCCCGCGGCGGGUUCAUCAUGCACGAGCUCCUUCUCCCCGGCCAGGCAGGACGCCUCGCCGGCGGGGACGAGCUGGCGCUCUCAAAGGUCUACCCGUCUCCGCGCGUCGCCACCAAGAAGAGGUCCAGGUCCCAGGGACAAGGACCGACCGCCAGCGCAACAAGGACCGCGGCCGCCUCCUCUGCUCCAGCGCCGACGUCUUCGCCGCCGCUGCUCCAGCGCUCCUGCGACGUCUUCAGCAGUGCAAGAAGUAGCAGCGCCGUCUCCUCUCCGCCUCCUUCCCUGGAGCCGCCGGCCUCCUCUGCUCCGCCUUCCCUGGAGGCCUCGUCUCUCGGGCCGGCAUCCUCUGCGCCGGGGCCGGCAUCCUCUUCUCCGCCCCCCAUCCAGGGAUCGUCUCCACGGCACCGGCAGGGUGCCGCCAAGAGGGUGCUCCUCCUGGAGGUGGGCGACUCCCCCCCGAGGGAAGGCCACAACAUUUCGUGCCACCAGGUCUACCACGCCAUGGAGGUUCUUGGACCCGGGAGGCGUGUCCCCAUCGACUGCGCUGACCUCUUCCUGCUUGACAGCGGGAAGGGGAAGAGGCAGCGGACGGCUGCAGAGUUUUGAGAAAACUCUGUCGCCCCGCCAUGGGCAAAUCUAAACUCUGUUGCUGUGUAACAUUCAGACAAAAAAUUUGAUAGGAAACUUUAGCUGUGAUUCAGUCGUUUUUUGAGAUUCAGUAGUUGCUUUGUUACAACUUAAUUGAUUGAAAUCCGGCAUAAUCAGUGGCGAUGAUGUUAAAACUUUGGUUUUCUUCUCAAAACAUUCGCUGUUGCCGACUAAAAAUGUGUCUAUGAUGGAAGGUUUGAUGUUAAACUUUGGUUUGAGAGUUCCCAAUGUUUGCAUUUUUCUCCAAAGUUGCUUUGCUUGGAGAAUCAUUACCUUUUGUUAGAUCAUGUUGUUUAGUUCUUGGUUAUGCAUGCUUUGUUGUUAGCUCAAUUUCAGAAAUGCAACUUCCUUGGUUAAUUCAGUCUGUAUAAUAGGAACAGAACAGUAUCUUACUAUUUUCCCCUUCAAUUUGAAAAAUAGACCAGUCUGUCUUUAUCUGUGUCAGCGCUGUACAAUUAGUAACAAAACUACCCUCUUUUUGUACUUCAGAUAUGUUCUUAAAUGAUUGAGGAACCUAGGCUGAAAUUAGUAUGCUGGAUUAGUGCCUUUGUAAGGAAUCUAGGCCCAUUGCACUUUAAUUCCUCGCAAUUUCUUUGUUUGUGUGUCACCUCUUUGGCUAUGAUCAAGCAACCAAAGUCUUCUGUUGAACAAAAUCAAGCAAAAGCUUGGAUUGAGUGCCCUUUACCAUGUGUUGUCAUUUUCAUAUAUACUGUCUCUUGCUGCUAUUCUCUGGGCUGUGUGGAAGCACAUGAAUGGUACUCCCUCUGUAAAGAAAUAUAAGAUCACUCCUUUAGUGAUCUAAACGCUCUUAUAUUUCUUUACGGAGGGAGUAGUAUUGUUUUUAAUGGUGCCGUUUGGAUGUCUGGAAAUGGCGCUGGCGCCUGCUCCUCAAGGAUCACAUGUUGAAGAAGAUGGAUCUCCUCUGUCUACAUCUCCAAAACCUGCUGCCAAGAUUGGGUGGACCAAAUCCCCCUGUGCUCAAGUCCAGGAGAGAGGCUGACCAUGUUUUGAUCCUUGUAACAUUUGUUCAACUAGUGUGAGGUUAUAGAGGUUUUAUUCUCUUUUCUAUUACUGAUGUAUUAUGUAUCGAACCUGAUGUUUUUGGGCUUCUUUCUGCUGAAGUAAUGGAGCUCCUCCCUGUUGAUCUAACAAAUA